UCUGGGAACAAGGUUUCUUACGUUCUCUGACGUUCUCUUUGAUUUUGCUCUUGCAAUUGCGUUCGUGUUUUCAAAAAUGGUAGGAUACAAGAUUUUAGAAGUAGAUCGGGAAAAAAUAGGUAAACAUCCUAUUCUGAAGGACCACUCGAAGCAGCUUUUCUGUCCAAUCUGUUGCUUCUUGGUGAGGGAACCGAUCGGCGUAGCGUCAUGUCCUCAUCGAUUUUGCAGUUCUUGCUUGUUGGAAAGGAAUGCACCUAAAGCUGUUUGCCCAGUGGAUAAGCAGGAGUUCCUGGUGCAAGAGACUUAUCUAGAUAAACUCACUGAAGAAGCAAUGAAGGAUAUUAACAUCUGCUGCACAAUUGACAGUAAAACUGGAGAACCAUGUAAAUGGGUUGGACAAAUCAGGCAUUUGGAGGUGCAUAUGGAUUUACAUCAUAAGGGAGCUCGAGAGGCAACUGCUCAGCAGGCACAGUACCAGGCGGAGAAUUGCGCACAGCUGGGUCCUGCUCUCUUUCCCAGUACUGCUAAAGGUGCUGUUCCUGGUCCCUCUACCUUGCCCUUAUUUGAUCAGCCAGACGGUGAGGAAUCGUGGAAGGAAGUAGCGCAGGGUUUGAUGCACAAGCAACUUGUGGACCACAAUGACAUUCAGGAGUUAAAGCAACAAUUUGAAGUGCUCUUAGGAGCAUAUAACACUGAAAAACACCAGCGUGAGCAACUAGAGAAUGUGGUGGCAUCUACAGCGGAAAAAUUUCAACUGUUGGAACACAAGCAAAGUAUGGAUCGCACCAAUAUUGACCAGUUACAACAGCAGCUUGCAGCAUUUAGUGAUGCAGUGGUUACUGAGAAACGGGAACGUGAGCGAUUGCAGAAUGAAAUGAGAGUUACAGAGGGUCAAGUUAAAGUUCUGCAAUCUAUGGACCACCGUGAACAGCUGAAAGAGCAACUCGCGACCCUUUCUGAUGCACUUGCUACUGUGUCACGUCAAGGUGAGGAGUUGCUACAGGAAGUAAGAACUGCAGAGGACAGAGUUGAAGAUCUAGAACGCCAGCAGCGUCGUGACCAAAAUGCCACCGAACAGUGUAAAAGACAGCUCGAAGUAUUUGCCGUAGAAUUUGCUGAGGAAAAAAGGAAACACGAGCAAUUACAGGACAAUGUUGUAACUGCAGAUGGCAAAAUUCAAGUUCUAGAACAAGAGUUGGAAACUCAAAAGAAUAUGUGUGCCAGUGCCGGAGCAGAAUGUGCUAGAGAGCGUGAAAGAGGAAUUGAAACUCGAGCUCUAGAAAGUGGAUUACUUCAAGAGUACAUUGGGCGGCUUCAAAGUGGGCAUCUUGAUUCGCAAAGAAGUCUUGCCGACCUGGAAGUACAGUUUAGGCGCUUUGAAGAUGAACGCCUGUAAGGUUUUGAUGAAAGUUUGUAAUGUGUAUCAGUAAUGAGCUCAGGAGUUAGAACAUUGUAGCUCAAUGUUGCAGACUUAAUCAUUAAUCUAGGAUCCAAGUGUACUUUGAUCUGAGGAGUGAAGUGUCGAAGGCAGUUUCGUGUCCUUCAGGUGUCAAUGGUUCGUUUUUCGAAGUGAGUCCUUUCAAAAUCUUUUUGUUAUCGAGAACUACAUGGUCCAGUCGAAGUCUGUUUGUUGUUGGUCGAAUUAACUGUUUCUAUACAUUUCCCCACAUCAAGAACAUGGUAGCUGGGGAUAAGCUAGACUUACCCAAGUUUUCUUUUUUUUUGGAAUUCUCGUGACCGAGAGCUUUAUAAAAUUAUCUGUGGGUAAUUUAUUUCCAAUUUAUGAAAGCGCGCUCCGAGACUAGUACAUUUUGUGCAUGAAACGCGAGUCAAAGUGCUUUGGAACGUUGAGCUAUUGCGGGUAACGUACGUUAUACCAAAGCUGCGCUGAAUCGCUUAGAAACAAAAGCGUACUUUACUUAAUGUUCUGCCUGUAUGACUUUGCAACAAAUGAAAAGUGCCUGACACUGACAUCCUCAGACGUCUUCUACAUGUUCCCAAGAAAUUAUGCAUCCCGUUAUACUUUGAAUAAAGUUUUUUCAUUUCACCCUUUAAGCAAACCAGGGUGCGACGGGUUGAAGCGAAAGGUUGUGUUCCUGACCCUCCGUUCUGUAGUUUGAACGAUACAAUGGUACAUUUUCAGAUGUAUGUGUAAUUUAGCCGUUCCUAUCAAUAUUGACAACCAGAGUAUUAUAUUUUCACCAUUCACAACCUCGUACUCAAACUUAAAGUUUGAGUCUAAAGACGGAUAAAUUACAUAGCUCAUUGGUAUUAAGACUGUUUUUUAAAUCGCGGAGCAAAGCUUCGAAUUUUAUUUUAAUUAUAAAAUAUGGCCAGGAGUGAGUGUACUUGCUUUGUGGGACUCGUACCAUCUGGAUGGUAUGCAUGAUUUAAUCAUGACGUUUUUAAGGCGUUAGUUCUUGUUACUUUAGGCGAUUUUGCCAUGUGCAAACUGAUUAAAAAAUUAAAGAGCUGAACGAAACACUACGCACAGCGAAAAGCGGGCAAGCUAGAUUGGCUUGGAGGUAUUUCGUAAGGUUUAGAGUUCACAGUUCAAACAGGAGGAAGGCAAGAUCGCCUAAAUUAGCGCGACUCACGAUUUUAAGGCUGGAGGUUGACUCCAUGAUAUUUAUGAACUACGACGCCCAAGGUGUCAUAAAAAAAAAUCAUUUCUUAUGUAAGGGGUUUUUGUAA